CAUCGACCACGCAUCACAUCAUUGACAUCUUGACAUCUAUCUAAAGCAAGACACAAUGAACACUGACGACGCACUUGUUCAGCAGCUGGGAGAGCUGGUUCAUCGCUCAGAUCAGGGCAAUGACGGCUACGCGGACAACCUCGGCAAGCAGGCUGCCAUCCUCGCCCAGCUCGCUCAGGACCUUCGGGAACCCAGCGUUCGAGACCACGUCGGAAACUCUGGACUCCCGCUCCUUCUCGCUCGCAUCCUUGAGAAGAAGCCACCCACCCCCAGGCCAGAGCAAUAUGAAGGCCUGCUGGAACAGGUCGGCCGGGCGGCUGCCAACUUGGCUGCGGAGACUCCCUCCAACGUUGACCGUCUUGCAACGGCCCACUACCCGGAGCGUUUGAUCGAUAUCCUCGGUACUGACUUUGGUCGUUGCCUCCGCUUGGAGGUUCUGCGGCCUCUUGUAGCCAGCCUGUACAACUUGGCGAAGGGAUCAACUCCUGCAGUUUCAAAGGCUCUCGGAACUGCACAGGCUACGAGUACUCUCCUUUCCCUCGGUAACCACCUGUACACCCCCGGUGUGUGGGCUGGUGACGACCACUCCACCCGCGCCGCCAUCGUGGGUUGGAUCUAUGAUGUGAUUGACGAGGCUUUACCAGAGAAGGGCGCCCCGGCCUACUCGUUGUCAGCAAAGGAAGUGGCCCUCUUCAUCCCGGCCCUGGAAGGAGCAGCACCUCGCAAGGCUCCAGUAGACCUUGAGGACAUCACCGACUCGGUCGGCAACUCAUGGGAGGCGGACGCGAAUAUCACUACGAACGCCGCAGCGAUUCUGGAGAGGUUUGCCGAGGCGGACAAGAUCGACCCUGCUGUGCUGCAGGACAAGUCGGCAAGCGAGGGUCUCUUCGACUUUGUGCAGAAUGCCGAGGUUGCGCCUUGGCUCAAGACCAAGGUAUCCGCCGAGGAGGCCGAGGAGACGGAGAAGGCUCUGGGCACAGCCAAGGGGUCUGUCGCCAAAGCGAUUGUCCACCUGUUGUCGGAGGCUGGAGACAAGAUCCCAGACUGGGUGUGGGCAAGGAUCAGGCUUUGGCUGUCGAAGAAUGAUCGCGAGGACCUGGUGUCCGUUGCGCUCCUGGCGUAUGGCAACCGGGCCCGUAGUGACGCCGCGUCCGAAGCACUGCUCAAAGAGGAAUUCAUCCUGCCCUCGCUUGUUGCCCUUCUUGUGCCGAGCACACCAGUCAGGACGCAGCACUCGCUCGUUGGUCUGCUCCGUAACCUGUCCAUUCCAGCCAAGAACAAGAAGAUUCUCGGCGACGCUGGUGUGAUUGAGGGCGUGCUUAACCUUAACCCCUGGGUUGAGCAGCGCGAUAUUGUUGGCAGUGUGCAGGGCGGUGCCAUUGGCGUUAUCAAGAACCUCGUGCGGGAGGCUCCGAAUGCCGUCCGCUUCUUUGCUGCGCCAAACGGGCUUGACCCCCUGCUAGCUCUCCUCAAGCGCACCGACGACCCAGCGAUCGCUCUCGAGGGCGACCGUGUUCUGGCUGCUUCCACCAGGUCGCUGUCUGACUCUUCUGCCCUUGCCGGGGCCGACAAGGCAGUCACUGCCGCGGUUGAGCCUGCGCGAGCCAAGCUCACCUCACCCGAGAUCGUCGGCGCUCUCAACCGCUUCCUCAUCUCUGGUGCAAAGUACCCCGUUCUUCUCAAUGAGGCGGUGGUCGCCCUCGCGCUGCAGGCCGCCAUCGGCGACAAGGCCGAGGUCGCCAGCGCACUGCUGGCGAAGCACCACGUCAAGGGUGCGUCCAAGGACGUGCAUGAGCGGUUCGAGGAGCUCGACGGCAGCGCGAUCGAAGCAGCCGAGGGCCAAGUGGACGUCGAAGUGGGCGACAAGAACACCACCCGCGGCGUCGAUGUUGUGGCGGCUGUCAUUGCUCCCGCAGAGGCCGGGCCAAGCGGCGAGAUCCAGGCGAACGCCGUGACGCUCGUUGCGCAUCUCGGCUCAAGCGAGGUCAACGAGGUGAUCAAGGCCGCUGUCAAAGCCGCAAAGCUCCAGGGCAACGCCGUCGCCGACACGCUCACUGUGCUCCUCCCCUCGCUCACCCUAUAGAUUAUACCAUGCAACAUGCAAUGUACUACUGCUUCCUCGGACGCGCACCAAAGAUGCGCGUGCCCACGCGGACCGAGUUGGAGCCGUCCUUGACAGCCUCAACAAAGUCGGCGCUCAUGCCCAUGGAGAUCUCGAGGCUCUUAACCCCCUCCUCAGCGGACGCGUACACGCCCUUGGAGGCGAGGAUGCGCGCGAGGUUCGCGCGCGUCUCCUUGAGCGCCGCGAAGUCGGGGUUCGGCGUACCCUCGGCAUGCGACGCCUCCCAGCUGCCAAUAGUCAUGAGGCCGCGGACCCUCAGGGCAGGACAAGCGGCGCGCACAUGCUCGGCCAAGGCGACAAGCGGCGCAGUGUCGUCACUCGACGCAGUGAGCGGCUCGAUGCCGCUCUUGGCGUCCUCGCCCGACGUGUUGACCUGGAGGUAGACAUCCAGCACGCGUCCGCUCCCAGCCAGCGCCUUCUGCAGAAGGUCGGCGAGCUUGACGCUCGCCAGGGUCUCGAGGACGAACACGUUCGGGAUCGACGCGAGCAGCUUGGCCUUGUUGCUCUGGAGCGAGCCGACAAAGUGCCAGCAGAUGUCGGCGGGGAGGAUAGCCGCCUUGUCGGCCAUCUCCUGGAUAUAGUUCUCGCCGAAGUGGCGGUGUCCGGCGUCGUACAGCGCCUGGAUGUCGGACGCGGGCUUGAUCUUGGAGAUGGCGACGAGGCGGGCCUCGUGGCCUGCCGCCGACGCCGCCUUGAUCUCAGCCAGCACGCCCUCGACGUUCUCGCGCAGCUCGGCGCCCCGGUCGGGCGUGUACUCUAGCGACUGGGACAUUUUCGGGCGGGUAGGGGGUGCGUCUUUCGUAGACGCGGAGCGAGAGAGCGGGGGAGCGAGGAGGACGAGCUGGCGGAAAAGAGGUCGGGCGAGGUGUGUCGCUUUGCGCUGCAUAAGCGUUUG